AAAGAAUCCUUCGGGACUUCACACUUUACCGCAAGCAGAAUACAAAGCUUACAUACAUUUCAUACAUAUACCUCUUCAUCCACACGCAGUAGUAGCAAAAAAACACACACACAUAAGACAAAUACCAUAUAAUCGCCCGCCCUGCCUGCCUGCCUGCAUACAUACAUACAUACAAAAACACAAAUUUAACGCAAAUGCCUCCAAGACUCUCCUUCCACCCACCCCUCCUCAACACCGCCUCUCCCUGGGCCACCACCGAGGCCCACCUCCGCGAUCUCCUCCUCUGCCCCUCCACCGGCGCCGUCACAACCCGGACGAGCCUCAUUGACGGAUUUCCGCACAGCCCGGACCGUCACCGCUACGCCUUCUUCGACCCGGCAACGGGCAAGGCCUCUUCCUCGGGCACCUUUUCCGGGCCGCCAGAGGAUUCCAACACCAAUGUGACUGAUGCAAAGGAUACAGCAGACGCACCGCUCGCUACGCUCAACACUCUCGGCUACAGCCCUCUGCCCCUUUCCCAAUACCUCUCCAUCAUCUCUUCCCUAUCAUCCGCCGCUACUUCUACUCCCCCCAAAACAAUCAUCAUCAGCGUCACAGGCUCUCCAGCCGAAAUAUCAACCUGCCACAACCUCAUCCAGACAUUCUCCUCCUCCACAUCCUGCCCCUUCCCUCUGGCCAUGGAAAUCAACCUCUCCUGCCCAAACAUCCCGAACCUGCCCCCACCAGCAUAUUCCUCCUCCUCGCUGACUUCUUACCUCGACGCCCUCCCCUCCAAUCCAUCCAUACCCAUCGGCAUAAAAAUCCCGCCUUACACCCACGCCGGCCAAUUCGACUCUCUCGUUGCCUCUCUGCUCGGCACCACCACCACCAUCCCCUCCCCUACCUCCUUCUCCAUCUCCAUUCCUGCCUCCAAACUUAGCUUCCUCACGGCGACCAACACUCUUGGCUCGUGCAUUCUACUCGACUCUCUCGACUCAUCCGGCGGAUAUCAAGAGACUCUCCCGGGAGAAGGCAUCGGUGGCAUGGCGGGGCCACCUCUUCAUCCCCUCGCUCUGGGCAAUGUGGCAACUCUGCGACGUAGAUUCGAUCAAGAUCCGCGUCUAGUUCACCUGGAAAUUAUUGGUGUUGGAGGAGUAUAUAAUGGCGAAGGAUAUAAGAGAAUGCGCCAUGUGGGUGCUCGGGCCGUUGGGAUCGCAACAGCGCUGGGAAGGCGAGGGGUCGAGGUAUUUACAUCAAUAGAGGACGAAAUCAAGUCCGCCUGGUGAUUGGAUAUGAUUCCACUCUCAUAGAGUCAGCUUGCUUUAGAAAGGGAGGGGCAAGAUAUCACGCCAUCACCAUGAGUAGUUUCAAUGUCAAAUAGAUGAAUAUGUGUGCAAUAAUAACACU